CAGGUCAGCUCAAACAUGGAGAAAGGAGCUGGGAGACAAAGAGGAGGUGAAGAGGAAGAGAUUGUAGAGGUAGAGGAGACCGGUGCAGCAGGGCAGUGGGGGGAAGCGGAGGUGCUGGCUCUUCUGUCAGUGUGGGGGGAGCUGGGAGCAGCUCAGCAUUCAGGUGUAUGCAGCAGAGCCACAUUUGAAUGCAUAUCAGAGCAGCUGAAAGGGUUGAAUGUGCUGCAUGGCUGGAGGGAGUGCCAGGCCCAGUGCAGGAGGCUGGGACUGCUGGGCAGGAAGGCUGAACAGCCAGGCACAUCCACCAACUACAGGCAGGGGGCAGCAGCCAUGAUGGACGCCCAAAUGAAUCAAAGUGAUUGGGAGGAAAAGGAGGAUCUGACCAGUGAGAAAGAGGCUCACUCUUCCUCAGUCACAAUACAGGAAGGAGGCCCGUGUCAGAUUCUUCGCGGGGCUCUCCCAUAUGCCCAAUACUUGGGCCCUGAGGGGGGCCGCCAUUGGACAGAUGAGGAGGUGCGAGCUCUGUUGUGUGUCUGGUCUGACCGCCACAUCCGCCAACGCCUCAAAGGAACGCUACGCAACAAGGCCAUCUUCCAGGAGAUGGCCCGCCGCAUGCAGAGAGGCUUCGGAGUGGUGCGCAACUGGAAACAAUGCCGCACUAAAUACAAGAACCUCAAGUAUGAGUACAAGACAGCCAAGAGCGCACAGGCCGCUGCAGGGAGCAGUGGCCCAGGAAGGUACAUUAAGUUCUUUGAUGAGGUAGAGGCCAUAGUGCUGGACAGGGGAGAGGAUGGGGACCAGGAUAUGCAGAGAGGACCUGAAGGGGACCAGGGAGCUGGGAAGCUGGGACAUCUGGAAGGCCAGACUCAGUCUAAAGAACCCAAAGGAGACCUGGUCAUUGAGAUAGACCAUGAUGACAAUAGUGACGAUUAUGAGCUGGACACAGACCAAAACCAAAGGGAAUCAGGAGCCCAUCUAUCACCAUUGAAUCAAUCUAGCUCCGAGCAAUUCCAUGUGGUAACGGUGUCCGACACAGGACGGAACUGGAGUGACCAGGAGGUGCGUGCUCUGAUCCAGGUGUGGUCUGAGGAGGGCGUGUGCAGGCAGCUGGAGAGCUCCACCAGGAAGAGGGACAUCUUUGUGCAGAUCUCCCGCCGGCUACUGCAGCAGGGGGUGGAGCGCGACUGGAAGCAGUGUCACACCAAAUACAAGAACCUCAAGUACCUGUAUCGCUCCCUACAGAGGGGCAGGGCUGACAGCACAGACCCACGCCGUCUUAUGAGGUUCUAUGACGAGGUGGAUGCCAUUUUGACCAGGUCGGAUAGUGGACCUGCCAUAGGAUAUGAGAAACAAGCAGAGGCUGGCCCCAUUUUGGCCGGGGCCAUGAUUAGGUAUGAGGAUGACACAGAUGCCAUGACUCAUCCAGUUAACUCUUACACAGCUCAAAUCUAUGAACUUAUCCCCAGGAAUGAGGACAAACAAACACACACAGACAAUGCUGAGACCGAUAAAAGACAGGAUCUGACUGCAAAAAGAGGGCUGAAAAGGAAAGCGUUGGAUCAAGAUACCUGUAGAAUUGUGAAGAGACAUGAUACUGGGGGCAGCUGUGCUGAGAGUAUUGACUUCCAGUGCAAAUUGGAGGAGGACCAAUACAUUCCCAUUAUAGAGAUCAACUCAGUCUGCUCAAUGGCAGCCUCUGUCUCAGCCCGACAAAAACAGGUAGGCCUAAUCAACUCCGAAUCAAAGCCAUGCUCGUGGAACGGUUUCAGAUUAUCUACCAACAUGGCGCCUGCAUCAGAGCUGAAACUUGGACAGAAACUAAAUGAGGGCAAGACCAAGCAGAUCUUCGAGCUCGCGGAUGAGCCAGGCCAUGUUCUGGUCCAGUCGAAGGAUCAAAUCACAGCCGGGAAUGCGGUGAGGAAGGACCAGAUGGAGGGAAAGGCCGCGAUAGCAAACAGAACCACGAGCUGUGUUUUCAAGCUGCUGCAGGAAGCGGGCAUCAAGACAGCCUUUGUGAGGCAGCAGUCGGAGACGGCGUUCGUGGCGGUCCACUGUGAGAUGAUCCCCAUCGAGUGGGUCUGUCGCAGGGUGGCCACCGGAUCCUUCCUCAAGAGGAACCCUGGCGUCAAGGAGGGCUACAGGUUCUCCCCUCUGAAAAUGGAGAUGUUCUUCAAGGAUGACGCCAACAAUGACCCUCAGUGGUCAGAGGAGCAGCUGCUGGAGACUAAGUUCUCUCUGGCUGGGCUCACCAUCGGCCUCUGUGAGGUGGACAUCAUGAACCGCAGCACUGUGGCCAUCUUUGAGGUUCUGGAGAGGGCCUGGGCCACCCAGAACUGCACGCUGGUGGAUAUGAAGAUUGAGUUUGGUGUGAAUGUGAGCACCAAAGAGAUUGUGCUUGCUGACGUGAUUGACAAUGAUUCCUGGAGGCUGUGGCCAGCAGGAGAUCGGAGUCAGCAGAAAGACAAACAGGUGUACCGGGACCUGAAGGAGGUGACUCCUGAAGCCAUGCAGAUGGUGAAGAAGAACUUUGAGUGGGUCUCUGAAAGAGUGAAGCUUCUGCUGGAGCCCAAGGCCAGUGGCAGAGUGGUGGUUCUGAUGGGCUCCACCUCUGACCUGGCCCACUGUGAGAAGAUCAGGAAGGCCUGUGGCUCCUACGGAAUUUCCUGUGUCCUCCGAGUCACCUCUGCACACAAAGGACCAGACGAGACUCUUCACAUCAAAGCUGAAUACGAAGGGGAUGGAGUACCGACUGUGUUUGUGGCUGUGGCGGGCAGAAGCAACGGCCUUGGUCCAGUGAUGUCAGGAAACACCGCCUACCCAGUCAUCAAUUGCCCUCCUAUCACCCCUGACUGGGGGGCACAGGACAUCUGGUCAUCCCUUCGCAUGCCAAGUGGUCUUGGCUGCUCCACAGUCCUCUCCCCUGAUGCUGCAGCCCAGUUUGCAGCUCAGAUCUUUGGGCUCAGUGACCACCUGGUGUGGUCCAAACUGCGGGCCUCCAUGCUCAACACCUGGGUGUCUCUGAAGCAGGCUGACAAGAAGCUGCAGGCCUGCAGCCUGUGAGGAGCCCCCUGUACUGUACCAUUUCAGACCCUGCCAGGCCUCUCCAAGAUGGGCACUGUGAAGGGUCACUGCCUUGCCGUGUGUUAUGUCUAAUGAAAUGUUUACCAACUGUAAAAUCAGCCCUACAACACAUUCCUCUAAUCAUUCCCUUAAUAAAGUGAUUCAUAUGUAUAAACA